GGAGGUAGUUGACCAGGCGUCAUAAAGUCGUUUGUGUUAUGGUGUGAUUUUUUACAUUUGUUUAAUUAAUUUACAGCAAAACUUUAAUCAAGUUUGAAAAUAAACAUAAUUACAUAUUUGGGUCCUAACUAAGUUUCGGUAUGGAUACUGACGAAGGGGAAUCUUCAAGUAGUGGUCCAAUAUCUACAUUAAAUAGUUUAUUUUCAUUUACAAGUCCAGCUGUGAAAAAGUUAUUAGGCUGGAAACAAGGUGAUGAAGAGGAGAAGUGGGCAGAAAAAGCUGUAGACAGUUUAGUUAAGAAAUUGAAAAAAAGAAAAGGUGCAAUAGAGGAAUUAGAAAGAGCGCUUUCAUGUCCAGGAACUCCAAGCAAAUGUGUAACCAUUCCACGAAGUUUAGAUGGAAGGCUACAGGUAUCACAUCGAAAAGGUUUACCACAUGUAAUAUAUUGCCGUGUUUGGCGCUGGCCUGAUUUACAAAGCCAUCAUGAGUUGAAACCUUUGGAGCAUUGCCAGUUUCCUUUUUCUGCAAAACAAAAAGAAGUUUGUAUAAACCCUUAUCAUUAUAAGCGGGUCGAAAGUCCAGUUUUGCCACCUGUUUUAGUACCUAGACAUAACGAUUUUGUACCAGGCCAUUCGUUACUUCCAUUUCAACAGUUAGUUGAGCCAAAUAUGCCUCAUAAUGUGAGUUACUCGUCAAACGGAUUUAAUUCCAACCAUCUAAGUCCGAGUUCACCACUGUCAAGUGUCUCAAGUCCAGGAAGCGUUACGACAAAUAAUCCCCAAUCACCCUAUGCAAAUCUCGCAGAGACACCACCACCCGCCUACAGUCCUACAGAUGAAAGUAAUUCAAAUACAAAUAACAAUCCCAGCCCUGAACCGGCUUUAAGCGCUGACGUCCAACCGGUGCCAUAUCAAGAACAACCGUUUUGGGCUUCUAUAGCAUAUUACGAAUUGAACUGCAGAGUGGGAGAAGUUUUCCAUUGUCAUUCGACAUCGGUUAUUGUUGAUGGGUUUACGAAUCCCAGUAACAACAGCGAUCGAUUCUGCCUCGGGCAGCUGAGCAAUGUUAAUCGAAAUUCUACUAUAGAAAAUACCAGAAGACACAUUGGAAAAGGUGUUCAUCUCUAUUAUGUAAAUGGCGAAGUAUAUGCCGAAUGUUUGUCCGAUUCCGCAAUUUUCGUUCAGUCCAGAAAUUGCAACCACCACCAUGGCUUUCACCCAUCCACCGUCUGCAAAAUCCCCGCAGGCUGUUCGCUGAGGAUAUUUAACAAUGCCGAAUUUGCACAACUGUUGUCUCAAUGUGUUAAUCAUGGCUUCGAAGCUGUGUACGAACUUACAAAAAUGUGCACCAUUCGAAUGAGCUUCGUUAAAGGUUGGGGAGCCGAAUAUCACCGCCAAGAUGUUACCAGCACGCCCUGUUGGAUAGAAGUACAUCUGCACGGGCCGCUUCAGUGGUUAGAUAAGGUUUUGACACAAAUGGGGGCGCCUCAUAAUGCUAUCAGCUCGGUAUCUUAGUUCAUUCAGAGUAAGUUUUUCAUUCAUUGUUUUACUUUUCAUAGGUUUUCAAAUCUAUUCAUUUGUUUCGUCAGAAAUUUUUGACAAGGGAUUAUAAAUUGAGAUAUUUUAUAGGCUUCUUUGACACGAUUGCAAUUAUAGGUUAAUAUUGCUCUAUUUUUAUGUAAUAAAUUUAAAUAUCUCGGUACGUUUUUAAUUUUUGUUUAGUGAAAAUUGAAAAUUGUUGAUUUUAUUAAUGUUUAAAACAUUAUGUUGGACAGUUUUAAUACUUCGUGCAACUAAGUAGUUGCGUAUAUUCGUAUUUUUUGUUUUGUUUUGUUGGAAGCUGCAUUGUGAAAUAAGUAUUGAAUUUGGACAUUAUUAAAACUGUAUGUAAUAUACAGGGUGUCGCACUUUAUUUUUUGGCCGAUUUAAAAAAAUUGUGUAUCAAAUGU